AGUUGGGUCUUUUCAUCCCUGUGAGCUGUGAGCAGACGGCCAAUAACCACCUGCACAUGCCAACCGGGUUCUUGACUGACGACCUGAUUAGUUCAAGAUUCUUCUGACUAUUUACUACUGCUUUUAUUUCAAUCAUCACUUUCACUAUCUGAUUUCAUCCAUUUACCAUGCCUUCACGAAGAAGAACGCUUCUCAAAGUCAUCAUCCUCGGUGACAGCGGGGUUGGAAAAACAUCCUUGAUGAAUCAAUAUGUAAACAAGAAGUUUAGCAAUCAAUACAAGGCAACGAUAGGUGCUGAUUUCUUGACAAAAGAAGUCGAAUUUGAGGACAGGCUCUUCACUCUGCAGAUCUGGGAUACAGCUGGACAGGAAAGAUUUCAGAGCCUUGGAGUUGCGUUCUACCGCGGUGCGGAUUGCUGCGUUCUUGUGUAUGACGUGAACGUGCAAAAGUCAUUCGAUAAUCUCAACAAUUGGCGCGAAGAAUUCCUUAUUCAGGCGAGCCCUUCGGAUCCGGAAAAUUUUCCGUUUAUAGUUUUGGGGAACAAAGUUGAUGUAGAUGGUGGUAACAGUAGAGUGGUUUCUGAGAAGAAGGCGAGGGCUUGGUGUGCCGCAAAAGGGGACAUUCCGUAUUUCGAAACAUCCGCAAAGGAGGGGAUCAAUGUUGAAGAAGCUUUUCAAGUCAUAGCUAAGAAUGCCUUGAAGAAUGGAGAAGAGGAAGAAAUAUACUUGCCGGAUACCAUUGACGUAGGAAGCACGAGUCAACAGAGGGCAUCUGGAUGUGACUGCUAGAAUCGAUUACCAUUCUUUACAAACUUUGUAUCUGUACGACGUUACUAAAAAUAUCUUUUGGUCACUUUAUGUGCGUGGAUGGUUCGACUGUAAAUUUGAUUUGAAGUUGUUUUGUGUGAUAUUAUUGCAAUCUAUUUCUUCAGUUUAAGAUGUAA